GUUUCCUGUCAGCAGUUGGAGAUCAAAUUCGCUGUUUCAAAAAAGCUGGAGGUCCUCUUCACAUUUUGCUGGUUAUUGUCUUGUUUUCCUUACAGGUCAAUACAAAUAAUCAACUCUUUAACAAACAAUGCUCUUGAGAUUGUAAAAGUGGCCAGACGUGUUAGUCUGGACUUGAGGCUGACCUAUUGAAAAUGAACAUGCCCGGUGCCAGUGGAGGAUGUGACCGAUCCAGAGAUCGACGGCGCUCCAGUGACCGCUCUCGCGACUCCUCGCAUGAACGUGUUGAAGGCCAGCUCACACCCUGCAUUCGCAACGUGACCUCACCCACACGCCAACACAACAGCGAUCGAGAAGGCGGGUCAUCACGGCCCAGCAGCCCCAGGCCUCAGAGAGUUUCUCCCAGCAGCAGCAGUGGGGUGGCCUGCAGUCGCAACAGCAGCCUGUCAAGCUCGGAGGGCACCUACAAGAGCAUGGUCCCCGGUGAAAUGGUCUUCGUCUAUGAAAACGUCAAAGAUGGAGCCCGCAGUGUCCGUACGUCAGAGAAGGUCACGCUUAUAGUGGACAACACUCGCUUCGUGGUGGACUCCACGAUUUUCACAGCACAGCCCAACACCAUGCUUGGCAGAAUGUUUGGAUCAGGAAGGGAGCACAAUUUCACCCGUCCCAACGACAAAGGAGAGUAUGAGGUGGCAGAGGGCAUCAGCUCCACUGUGUUCAGAGCAAUACUGGAUUACUAUAAAUCUGGAAUAAUCCGCUGUCCUGAUGGAAUCUCCAUUCCCGAGCUGAGGGAAGCGUGUGACUAUCUGUGCAUCUCUUUUGACUACAGUACUAUCAAGUGCCGGGACCUGAGUGCCCUGAUGCAUGAGCUGUCCAAUGAUGGCGCUCGACGGCAGUUUGAGUUCUAUCUGGAGGAGAUGGUGCUCCCUCUGAUGGUGACCAGCGCUCAGAGUGGUGAGAGGGAGUGUCACAUUGUAGUGCUCACAGAUGAUGAUGUGGUGGACUGGGAUGAGGAGUACCCACCCCAGAUGGGAGAGGAGUAUUCACAAAUCAUUUACAGUACAAAACUGUAUCGAUUCUUCAAAUACAUUGAAAACCGUGAUGUAGCCAAAUCAGUUUUAAAAGAGCGAGGACUCAAGAAAAUCAGACUGGGUAUUGAAGGUUACCCAACAUACAAAGAGAAAGUGAAAAAGCGCCCGGGCGGUCGACCUGAAGUUAUCUACAACUAUGUCCAAAGACCCUUCAUCCGCAUGUCGUGGGAGAAGGAGGAGGGUAAGAGUCGGCACGUGGACUUCCAGUGCGUGAAGAGCAAAUCCAUCACAAACCUGGCAGCAGCUGCAGCAGACAUUCCCCAGGAUCAGCUUGUGGUGAUGCACCCUGGACCGCAAGUGGAUGAACUGGACAUUAUCCCCAACCACCCUGCACCUGGUCACCAAUACAGCAACAACUUCAACAACGAGCCUGACCCUGACGCCCCCUCACCUGCAGUCUGAGAGCAGACGCCUCUUCAACAGCAUGCUGCAGCAUGAACCAGAGUGACACUAUAACCAGAUUGCCUUCUGCACUUCCUCUACAGCCUUAGAGUCUCACCUGUCUAGUUACUGUAUUUUAAAAAAAGAAAAAAUAGAAGAAAAAAAAAUGAAAUUAUAUACCCAACGUGGACUUGGUCUACUGGCAUGGGCAGUGCUCUCCUGUUCUGUCUUCUGUUCUUUUCUUUUUUUUACUUGACCAAAGGAAAUUUAUUUUUAUUUGUUGUAGGAAAUAAAUUUAGCAUUAUUGGGCUUAUAUUAUGAUUAUUAUUACUAUUGUUCUUUUCCAUUUCUUACAUUAUAACUUCAAUGAGUAUAAAAAAAAAAAAAAAAUGUCUUUCUCUUGAUGCAUUUGGGUUUGGUGCCACUUUAUUUUUCUUUUGGAAAGCGCUCCCCUUGAUCUCCUCAGCUCCUGUGCAGCACGUCUCUUCAGGAGCUCCAUUUGCCUGGUAAAUGAAUGCGGUGUUUUUCUUAGAUGGACAUUCAUUUAUCUGCUGAAGAUCUGUCUGUUUAGUGCUUGAAAACCAUUGUAUUAAUAAAUUGACAUGUAUUCAUA